GAAUGUGCAUAUUCGAUUUUGCCAGGGAGCGCCACUGUCGCGCCGCCAUCUUCGAGGUCGCGUUUUGCGAGUUUUUGUUUCUGCGGCUGUGGUACGGUAGUUUGGGCGCGCGGCUUGGUUGGCUUUCCUCGGCGGUAAUUUCAUAUUGUUGAAGGCAUUUCUUUGACGGCAGUUCAUUAGACAGAGAAGAAGAAAAAAAAGAAGCACUGGUGGCUGCCCGUUUAUUUUUUUGCGACCUCUAAGCACCGUAGUACCCGGUGGAACAAUGGUGAACUGUGUCGUGGUAGGGUGCUCUAACCGCACGCGGAAAAAGCCUGCCGACGAAAAAUGUUCGAAAGUGAGCUUUUUCCUAAUUCCUAAAGUGGUGACAAACCAGUGUGAGAAGAUGGUAGCCUUUACAUCCAAGAGAAGGGCCGAGUGGUUCCGGCGAAUCCGGCGAGCGGACAUCAACGAGUCUGCUACUCACUACAGGGUCUGCGGGGAUCACUUCAUUUCAGGGCGCCCUGCUUAUGUCAUGAGUGACACCGACCCCGACUGGGCCCCGAGUCUCAAACUUGGGUACGGCAAGCCAGCUGAUGAAGCAGCUCUGACUGCUAGGCACAGCAGAGUGCAAUCCAGAGCCAAGAAUGGGAGAGCACCAACUGAAGGAUGUGAAGCAGAUGCUCAGGACAAGCCAGCACUUCCAGAUGAAGACCACAUUACCAGAGGGGAUUGCAGCAUGGAUUUCACGGACAGUCAAGUUUCCAGUGGUGCGUGUCCCGUGGAAGCUGGAAGCAUAGAGGGGACCUCUCAGUGUUCUGCCACAGCUACUGAUUUCACGGACAGUCAAGUUUCCAGUGGUGCGUGUCCCGUGGAAGCUGGAAGCAUGGUGGGGACCUCUCAGUGUUCUGCCACGGCUACUGGUUUCUUGGACAGUCAAGUUUCCAGUGGUGCGUGUCCCAUGGAAGCUAGAAGCAUGGAGGGGACCUCUCAGUGGUCUGCCACAGCUGCUGACGUGCAGGAUUUUGGCCAGACUACAGACCUGACCAUGGCUUCCAUAGAGCUCUUGGAAGCAGAGUCUCGACACCUCAUGUCAGACCUAGGUGCUACAAGGGAGCAGCUGAGUGUGCAUCGUCUGGAUGAGACUUCUUUCCAAAAGGACAAAGGCAUGGUGCCAUUUUACACUGGGCUGCCAAGCUUCGCACUCCUGCUUGGGCUCUUCCAGUUGCUGCAAGGCAGCGUGCGACACAGUGAACGGAAUUCUCUGAGCAAAUUUCAAGAGAUGAUCGUGUUCUUGGUUCGCCUGCGCCUGAACCUCCCGCUGCAGGAUUUAGCGUACAGGUUUCAAGUGUCACAGUCCACAAUCACGCGGAUUGUAGACAAGUGGUUGGAUGCGGCCUACCUCAAGCUACCAAAGGCUGUCAAGUGGCCCGGGCGAGAUGUCCUGAGAAAGAGUAUGCCUAUGGCGUUCCGGCGAACGUUUGGGACUCGGGUGGCCGUGAUCCUUGACUGUUUUGAGGUGUUUAUACAUCGCCCAUCGUCUCUUCAUGCAAGAGCACUCACAUGGUCGAGCUAUAAACACCACAACACAGUCAAGUAUCUCAUUGGGAUUGCACCACAAGGGAAAAUUACUUUCAUUUCAAAGGGUUGGGGGGGAAGGACGAGCGACAAGCACCUCACAGAGCAGUGUGGGGUGCUUGACAACCUUUUGCCAGGAGAUUCUGUCCUGGCCGACAGAGGAUUCACUAUAUCCGAUGCAGUGAGUGUGCACUGUGCACGACUUGAGAUUCCCGCAUUUACAAGGGGCAAAGCGCAGCUGGCACCUUGUGCAAUAGAGGCCACGCGAAACCUUGCGAAUGUACGUAUACAUGUCGAGCGCGUGAUUGGUUUGGUGCGGCGCAAGUAUAGGAUCUUGAAAAGCACCAUACCAGUUGAACUGCUUGUUGUGCGCAGUGGCAAUGCCACUGGUCUAGAUAAGAUUGUGGCAGUAUGUGCUGCAUUAACAAACAUGUCCCCUUCCGUUGUGCCAUUUGGCUAGAUGUUUUCAGUUGCUGUAAAACCCUUAAAGGGGCUAUGACACGAAAAUUAAACUGAUAGAUUAUUAUUGAAAUGGAAUGCUCAUAGGCUACUUAGUAUAUACACCAAGUUAUGCGAUUUUUAAAGCUCUGGUAAUUGUAAUACUUAAUUUACGAAUUUUAUAAUUUGCAUCUGGCGACCAGGCAACACUGUCCAAGUUAGUCACACCAUGGUGUCCAUAAACCAUGUUGUCAUGAACGCUGUCUCAUUCUAGGCGCCCCCAUGAUCCUCCAGGCUCUCUUCGCCGUGGUACGAUCAAAACUGCUCAUGCAACUUGGCAACCCGAACACUAUUCUUGCUCUCGCCCCCGGUCUGUUGACCUUCCACCCUGCAUGCGCCUGUGAAAUAUUCCUAGACGACCGUGACCACAGCGAAUUUGUCCGUAACUCGCCGUCGCUGGAGCUGGUCGCCAGCGGGUCGCAGUCAAAAAGAACAGCUUCCAACAUCUCUUGAUAGCAAUCACUCUCAUCGCUGCUGCGAUCAAUGUCGUACACUUUGACAAGGCGAGCGGUGCCAUAGACGUGAUCGUCAUGGACCGUAUGCUUGAAACGCGGAAGGUAAACGAGGAAGCUGAAGUUCGAGACGCCAAGAGAGCCAAGUUUGUGAGUGCGUGCAAGGGGACACCGCGCGGGAGGCUGGCUAUGUCACCAGCCUUGCACUCUGCCCAAAUCCUCCCCUCCGAGGGAGCCGCAUAUAAAUCGAUUUAUCCACAAAACUAUCGCGCCAUUUUUAAAACCAAUUUAGCAGGAUUAUAGGAACAUACAGUGGGUCCUAGCAGUAUUGUCAUCUCAUAUUUUAUUUUUGGCGUGUCAGAACCCCUUUGUUCGCAAGCCCUUUUUUUCCACAAAAUAAAAAUUCGCGACAUUUAAGGGUACGUGAAAAUUUCGAUUCCUAAAAGCUUCAAUGCUGGCAUCUGGAAUUCACGAAAUUUAGUGGCCGCAAUUAUGUCCCCUGAGACCGAUUUGCGAAAAAUAGGGGCCACGGACAUAAAGGGUUUUACAGUAUUCAGCUUUAGUUCGACUUAUGUCUACCUCUGGUGCAGUAAGAAUUCACGUACCCAUGUGCAUCAGAAGGAAACAAACCAUUUUAUUGUGCUACUUGCCGCAAGCUAUAGAUAUAGGAAAGGAGGGUUUCUGAAAAAGUGGUGAGCAUGAGCUGUACGUCGGCCUUUAGCACGAUAGGGUUGUAAAAUGCAGCGGCAACAUUUAGACACAUAGCUGUAACAUUUCUUUGUUCUCAUAACUUGUAUACCCCCUUCCGUGUUUUAGUUUUGUAAAGAAGAAAGGUUUAGGAAAAAUGUCUCAUCCACAGAACAAAAUGUAAUGAUCAAUGUACUCAUCUUCCUUGUUUUCUUAAUGUAUACAGUCCUAGCACUACAAGUUUUACCAAUGUUGUUUUGGUAUUUGUGGUAUGCAUAAGAAAAAACAGGUUGAUAACUCCCUUUUGCUUUCUCCUACGUUGGUUAUGCUGUUUAUAGUCCGUCUUGGAAUGUGUGUCAUUUUCUGCUGUCUUUUAAACAGGAAAACUAUGAGUGGAUGCAUAUACUGCAUUUCUAUUAGGUCUUCCAGCAUGUUAUAAUAAGUGCUUUCAUGCAACUACCAAAUAAAGAUAAGAAUGAAACCAAAUUUAUAAC